AUGCCUGCCAUGGUUGCUAAAAGGCCGGGACUCAUGCAAAUCUCGGUCUCGCGAAGUGCCGAAGAGCAGAGGUUGAUCCCUGCAUAUUGCAGCAACCUUGCUCGCCGCGCCAAAGAGCUUGAGACUUUUCGCAAACAUCUUUACGCGGAUGCAAAAGGUGGUGAAUUAUCCUUUGGGAUCAUGGAGCGCAUCUCACCACAUGCUGUUGCGGUGUCAAAUCCUCUGUUCUCACGACUUGAGCAGCUUCAUGUUCUUCUCGGCCGUGUUUUCAUUGAUAUCGUGGAUCGAUGGUUCACAGACGAGAAGGCACGCUUUCCGGAGCGUAUGUCAUUGGAUCCAUCGGAAGAGGAGCUUCUACGAUGGGUGGUAUCUAGUGGCUACGUUCCAGACUACGCCGAACAUGCUGGUUGCUGGCGAAGUGACUUGCUAUUUGGUCGCAGUCCAGAUGGUUUGCGAGACGAGUCACCGUAUGUAUGCGAAAUCAACGGAAGACUGCCUCUAAAUGCCGUCAUGGGAAUUGCUCUGGGUGAGAAUGGCCUUCGGGAACUUGGUGCGAGUAAAGGAGGACUUGAGCCUGCCUCGUAUGACAACUUGAUGGCGCUAUUUAACCCUGACAAGCCGCUUUACUCUAUCAGAGAUAAAUGGCCUGGCGCUGACUCCAAGAUUCUCUCAGCUGUCAACGUUUCACGUGGAAGGCCGCCAGUCGAGGCAGUUCGUCCUCAAGACUUGGAAGUUCGCCCUAAUGAAACUUCUCUAACUGGAUUUUCUCUGUGGGACAAGGCGACGAACAAGCUCUUGGAACAGUGGUUUGUUGAGAUGCUGCAGGAAGAGUAUGCCGACCUGGAACCAGCUGUCGCUCGCCAACUGUCCUUGACUCCUCUCAAUGAUCUUCGAACGGUAUUCAUCGUGCAUGACAAGCGACUCCUUGGCAUCAUACCCGAAGAGCUUCCGAAGAUGGUCUCACGUGGUGUUUUGACCGCCGAAGAGGCCGAAUUCGUUGCUGAUGGGAUCAUCCAAACCAUCAAUCCAGGUUCAGAAGGACGUCAAAAUUUGCUACGAGAUUCAAAAUCCGACCCGAACCUCAGGAACAACUACAUAUACAAGCCUUGUCGUGAUGGCAUGGGUCAUGGUAUAGAACUGGGUAAGAACCUUACGCAGGAAGCUUGGCUCGAACAUCUAGAGAAGCUCGCAAACCCGGAUGUUCUUCGACCCCAUGACGAUGCAGCUGUCAUCCAAAGGCUGGUAGAUCAUAAUUGGUAUGACGUUGUUCGUCAUGGGGUUUCGACGGAUGAUGGACCGCAUCCUAACAAGUUCUAUCUCAUCGGAUCCAUGUUCAUGUUCCAGAAUCGCAAAUUCUAUCCAGCUACUUGGCGUAUGGGCCUUGAGACCCAUCUCGGCAUCACUUCCGAUAAACCUGGACUAGUCAUGGCGAUGGUGCACCAGCCCGACUGGCCAAUUGGAGAGGACCAAGAGGAAGAGCUAUGA